AUGAAUCGCAUGGGGGACAGCAUGGGGGACCUCUCCAAGGCCACCUUGCACAACAACUCCCUGUGGUGGCUGGCGUGCGGGCUGCUGGCCCUGCUGGCCAACUCCUGGAUCAUCCUGAGCAUCACCGCCAAGCAGCAGAAGCACAAGCCCCUGGAGCUGCUGCUGUGCUUCCUGGCGGGGACCCAUAUCCUCAUGGCCACUGUCCCACUCACCACCUACGCGGUGGUGCAGCUGCGGAGCGAGUCCCCUGACUACGACUGGAACGAGAGCAUCUGCAAGGUCUUCGUCUCCACUUACUACACCUUGGCCCUGGCUACCUGUUUCACGGUGGCCUCCUUGUCCUACCACCGGAUGUGGAUGGUCCGCUGGCCCGUCAACUACCGCCUGAGCAAUGCCAAGAAGCAGGCCCUGCACGCCGUCAUGGGCAUCUGGAUGGUCUCCUUCAUCCUCUCCACGCUGCCCUCCAUCGGCUGGCACAACAACGGGGAGCGCUACUAUGCCAGUGGCUGCCAGUUCAUCGUCAGCAAGAUCGGGCUGGGCUUUGGCGUCUGCUUCAGCCUGCUGCUCCUCGGGGGCAUCGUCAUGGGCCUGGUGUGCGUGGGCAUCACUUUCUACCAGACCCUGUGGGCACACCGGAGGCAUCGGUGCCAUCACCAGAGGGCGGACGAAGCCGCCGCCUCUUGCCCUUCCGGGGCUCACAGUAACUUCAACGUGCCGGCCAUCGUGGUGGAGGACGUCAGGGGUAAACGGCGAUCGUCCCUGGACGGGUCCGAGUCGGCCAAGACCUCCAUGCAGAUGACCAACCUCAUAAGCGCCAUCGUCUUCUUGUAUGACACACUGACCGGGGUGCCCAUUUUGGUGGUGAGCUUCUUCAGCCUGCGCUACGACACUGCACCCACCUGGAUGGUUCUGGCUGUGCUCUGGUGCUCCAUGGUGCAGACGCUGCUCCUGCCAUCCUUCAUCUGGUCCUGUGAGCGCUACCGGGCGGACGUCCGUACCGUGUGGGAGCAAUGCGUGGCAAUCAUGUCGGAGGAAGACGGGGAUGACGAUGGCGCCGGCGACGACUACAGCGACGGGAGGUUCUGCAAGGUGCGUUUCGACGCCAACGGCGCGGCGGCCAUCAAACGGGACCCCCGGGAUACCAAACUGCUACCGGUUCAUCACAUGCUGUUGCCGCACGACAGGGUGCAUUACCUGCAGGUCCCUCUCUCUCGGAGGAUGUCCCACGACGAGACAAACAUCUUCUCCCACCGCUCCGCUCCUUCCUUCCUUCACAAGUGGUCCUCCUCCGACGACAUCCGAGCGACCGCCCCGCUCAAGCCCGGAGGACCCCCCGGCUUCCUUCCGCCAGAACUCCGCAGCUACCACCACCGCCGACGGCCUCCCGAAGACGAACUCACCACGCUGCGGCAGUUCUUGGAAGCCGGGCUGGCCGUCCGGGCCCCCGGCUCCAAUGCCUGUUUCUUCCGUGACGAGAUCACCACCUUCAUCGACGAGACGCCGGCGCCCUCCCCGAUGGGCAGUCCCCGCCACUCGCGCCUCGCGUUCUCGAUGCAGCGCGAGAGGCACCACUCCUUAGCGGGGCCGGAAGAGGGCCCUGACAGGGGUCGACGGUGUUCACUGACUGGGGAUGAAAAUCUUAGCCUCCACAGCGGGGAGCCGGAGUCUGGCAAAUGGACCGUGGCCGUGCAAGAGGCGCAGAACUCGGGAGAGCUUAAUCUAUGA